AUGACCAUCUUGUCAACCGUCAACUUGGCAUCUUCCACAAACAUGCCUCAGGAGCGUCAGCGAGUUCGUGAUGCAAGCAAGGACGACGCCCAGUUUAUUAUUCUUGUCAGGGAUAUUCCACGUCAAUGUCGAUGGCAGGAACUCAAGGACAUGACUCGACUUCUGGGAGGGGAACAAAGCUUGAAGGCCGAAGUAUUUGAGCUUCGUGAUGGAUCUCAAUUGGGACAUUGCACUGUCAAGGGAAGGACUGCGGCUAACCAGGUGUAUGAGGGCUUCUGUCAACAUGGCUGGAACGGCCUCUCUGUCAUUGUUUCCCUGGCCGUUCUUGAGAAGGGAAUUUUGACGACAAUCGAAGGUCCAAAGAAAACCACUGGCGUAGACCAAGCAUGCUCAGCCAGUGUCCGGUACUCUUGUGCUCAAAGUACCUCUAGUCAGAGCAGCAACCCUUCUACCAUGCCUUACACCAGUUCAGCUCGUCAAUCUGUACCUACGCCCCUUGCCGCGCCAUACGGCCCCGGAUGCAUGGUGGGAAGGUCUACACCAGCAACUAGUGGACAUCCGGUCUACACCUCUGGAUUAAACAAGUACCCUUCCGCAUACCAAAUAGCUCCAGCUUAUAGCACCUCCUCUGUUCCUAGUGACUACCCAGCAUCACCACGCCACUAUACUCCAGGCUAUUCAACUACAACCACUUCGUUGAGCUCAGCCACGAGCAAAUCCCGUUCAACCAACGACGGAACCACCAUCUUUCUGUCCGGUCUGCCCUACUAUCAAUCUGAAACAGAACUGCGCGGCACGCUUCAGUCGUACGGACCUCUCGUCUAUCUUGAAAUCCACCCUGACAGCCGCAAAUUGGGAAAGGGCAAAGGUACUGCCCGAGCCCGAUUCCAAACAUCACACCAGGCCCUCAAUGCCAUUCGAGGACUUGAUGGGCUGUGUCUAGGUGGCCGCAAGAUCAGUGUCAAACAGGCGAAAGAAGAUGGAACAACUUCAACGACAAUGUUGAGCGCGAAGGCCGUUUCUGACAACCAUCGACCUGUGCCGAGCCCCACGUUACAGAAGAAGACCAAGCCAAGCAAAUCUCGCGGUCCAGCCUCUUCGGCACCAUCUGAUAAGAGCGGCAACACUGGCGGCCAUCAUUCAUCCAACAACGCUGGCCCGCUUGUGGUGAACGGCGCCAGGAAUUCGGCGGCCAGUUGGAGAAACAGCCGGGGGAGAGCCAGUGAGAGCGACGAAAGCAGUGAAGAAUCCAGUAAUGAAAGCUCGGAAGACAGCUCGGAAGAUGAGGAUGGGAACGGGAAUUACAGGAAUAGACACGAGGGGUCCGCGGAUCGAGAAUCUGAGAAGAACCACAUCUUCUUUUCCAAGUCUUCCCCCCAACCCCUGUUCUUCUCCUUCUCCUUCUCCUUCUUCUUCUCCUUCCUCCUCCUCCUCCAAUCUCCAAUCUACUGGACUCCUUAUCUCAUUGCAGACUCCCGUUCCACCAUACCUAAUCCUUUCCUCAAGGAUACCAAUCGCCGUGGGUUGAACGGCACCAGGAAUAGGCAUGCCUUAACCGUUGCACGCGGUUCUGGGAGAUAG